AAUUAAAGGACACAUUAAAUCAGUAUAAUGACAGGAAUAAAGCUGAUUGGGACAGAAGAUGGUUGAAACUGUUCCCUUUAUUGUACCAAUCUUUUUGAUAACAAUAUUAUUUGUAGCCACUAUUGAAGCCUUUUCUUGGUCAAAUUGUGACUCGGAUAAACCAAUUCUCACAUUUAAUUCAAUUGAAUUCAACGAUGAUCCAGUUAUUAUUGGUGACCCUGAAAAUCCAGUACAAUUAUCGCUACAAGCCAAUCUAAGUGAACCUUUGGAUGAUCAGAUAAUGGUUAAACUGUCAAUUAGCAAAGGAUUUACAAUUUUUGGUAAAAGAUUCACUCUUCCAGCAUUUCCUUGUAUUAAAGGUUAUGGUUCUUGUGAACACAAUUUAUGCAAUUAUCUGACUAGUUCAGAUAAUUCUUUUGGCUGUCCAUUGCUCAGCUCACUUGGUCGAUCAUGUUCCUGUCCCAUUGAAGCUGGUCCAUUAGUCGUCAACCAUUUCAAUGGUCACAUGGAUAUAUCCAAUGUACCCUCAGUGAUUCUUUGGUUAUCAUCGAUGAUGUAUCGAUAGCUUGUGUUAACAUGGAUAUGGAUCUUGAAAUGGUCAAGGCUUCUUCUCAAGAUCAAGACUGAAGUGACCAUCACAUAUACAAACCAUAAUUGAUGAUAAAUGCAAUGGAAAGUGUAAAAUGUUAUUUUGUUGCUUUUAAAUCUUAAUGUUGAAAAGAUGGAAAUUGUUUUUCAUUUGUAACAUCGAUUGCGAUCAAUAAAUUAAAAAUACUAAUCAUUCAACUUAUUAUCGAGGCUCUAUUGUUCAUGAGUCAGAGCAUGAAAGAAAAUUUAAUGCCUCAUUCCAAGAAAUUU